AUGCAGCUUGUCCUUGGAGAGCAGGAGCAGAGUGAGGCCGGUGGGUGGGUGCAGCCUGCAGCGGUACAAACACCUCCCACUCACAGUUUACUUGAACUGGAAGUGGCACAGCUCAGUGUUUCCAACAGGUCAUUCAUUCAAGAGACGGCCUCCUGCAGCAGAACUCUGUCCGCCCACCGCCUAGAAAGCGGCCGGUCCUGCGGAGGAUCCAGCAGGUCAGGGGUCGGGUCAAAUGUGUGGAAGUCGCUCAAAGGCUCUGAGGCUGAUAAUGAGGGCGAUGGACAGAACGUACAGUAG